UGGUCAGUAACGUACGAAAUCCUAGAAGGCCCCCCUCUGAAUUAAUUAUCACUAUCUUUAAAUUCCUUAGAAGGAUAAAAGUAGAUUACGAAAUUGAUAACAGUAAACAGUACAGAUUAAAAUGUUCUAUAGUAUUCAUUUGUUGUUUAAUCAAUAAGCAUGCAGUAAUUACGUAUAGGUAAUCAUGGUUAUUGAUAGGGCUAGUCAACUCAUUAGGACAGGCGAACUCUCGAACGUAGAAUUUGUUGGAGAGUUUAUUUACCUCGGAUCUCUACUUACUGACCAGGGAGGAAGCAAACGGGAGAUCAAGAGAAGGACUCAAAUGGCCAAAGCUGCGAUGAGCAAGCUUACACGUAUUUGGCAGGACAGAAAAGUCUCCAAUGCUACCAAGAUGAGACUAGUCCGGACGUUGGUUUUCUCGAUUUUCCUCUAUGGUGCAGAUUCGUGGACGGCUCGAACAACAGAGCGGAAAAAAAUAGAAGCGUUGGUCGGAUCAGAUAACUGCGCUCACUGGACUCUCUGUUGCGAACGCCCUGAGAGAAGCCGAAAACCGAAGCAAAUGGAAGCUGACGGUACAAAGAGCCACGAAGGGCUUUCAGGGACACGACCUUCAGCAAUGAAGUAUUCGAUUAAGAAGAAGAAUCAUAGUUAGCGCUGCACUACACCAGGCAACUGACCGGAACCGAUGAAGGCUGACAGUCGACAAGCUAAAAUGGAGUCACGAUCCUCAGCAAUGAGGGAGCGAUGGAGAAGAAGAAGAAGAAAUAGUUAGGGCCUUUCUGAGGUGCUCGAAAUAUAUCCAAAAUAAUAA